CACCUUUCUUAUAGAGAGGUCACAAAGAAGGCAUUAUUUCAAGCAGCAAAAUCAUGAUUAAACGAGGGAGCCCUUCCAAUUUAUCACCUAGAAAGUUGCAAAGGCCAAAACAAAACCAAAGAGUUUGGACAGAAGAUAAUGUGGGUAGCCAUCUUGAGAGAGUGUUCACGAGCGGAGAUCAGCAUCCAGCGAAAGUAGUCAGAGAGGUUCUGGAAGAAUGUAAGAAGGACGAACAAGAGCCUUGCCGCAAGGAGGUGUUUAAGAAGUGCAUUGAGGCAUUGAAUUCAAACCAUCUGCACACUGAAGUUGCCAAGGAGAUUGUUGGAAAAUUGUUAUUUGAGGUGAACUCAUUAAGUGGCCCCUCUCAAGUAGCCAUAGCUGAGAUUAUCAUCAAAGGUCUGAAGGAGGGUCACCAUCCCUCACUAGAGCUGUUCCCUAAGCUAAUCUCAACAAUUACAUCUCGGAAAGUCAUCCGCUAUCCGAAGCCUGGAGGAGGGUAUGGUGAAAUGAUGGGGGAGGAUCACAAGAGCCAUCUCAUGAACAGCUUGUUUGGUUGCCGAUGGGACCCUUCAUGUGUUCUGCAUGUGACUGACAUGUGCAAGGAUAUUGCCAUGAGUGAAGAUGAACUCAAGUUCCUCAUACAAAAGAUACUACAGAUAAUGGAGAGCCUGCCCGUCACUGAGAUUCCUCCACUUAUCUACCAACUGCUCUCUCUCUCAAAGAAGGGCCACAAGAUGCUGAUUCUGGACGGGAUCAAGUCGUUGUUUGAUAAUCUCGACACCAUACAAUCCAAACAGGAGCCAGAGACAGAGGACAGUGUGACUACUAACAACGAGAAGGAGCUGCUCACUACAGAGGGCACUGUGUUUGUCCAUGUCACAUACGCCAUCAAACAAGACACUCAACUCAGAAAAGAAUACCUCAAAAUGCUCAAGACUGCCCAAGAGCGGCUGUCCUCGGGGGAGGUCUCCCUGUUCAGUGUGACCUUAGCCCUGUCAGCCGUGUCCAUCCACAAACUGGAGGAAAUGGUGUUUGGGUUCUUCAAGGACAUUGUGUUGAAGGCGUAUAAAGAUGAAGAAAGAACUAACUCUUCGAAAUGGAUAAAAGAGGCCACAGAAGAUCUGGUGGACAUUGAGAGCCUCCUCAUGACAACCAUUAAUCACAGCACGUCUGGUUGGACGCGUGCCCUUCACGGGUCAGGCUGGGAUCAGGUAGUGCAGGGGCUGGUGGCCGUGGGACUGCAUCUGAUGGAGACCUUUGGACCCAAGAGCUCCGCCCUCUCUCAGUAUGGUACCCCACAGAGGAAGGUGUGUGCCCUUGGCAGCAAAAUCCUCGCUGAGACAUUCAAAAAGCACAGUGGUGUCCACUGCGAUAUUGUAAGCCAGAUCGUGAACUGUGUGAUGACUAACUCAGCAAGUCAUGUCAGCCAUUACAUUGACCUCCUCUCCCAAAUCACGAGGAAUGCCUCUCCAAUGGACUUUGUGGAUUCCCUGCCUAAACUAAAAGAGUCUCUGAGUUACAUCGCCAUGAUCUCCUCACAAUCUGCUGGACAGCUGCUCACAGCCAUUCUGCCACUGGUGCAGUUCAGCUCGUCUCUUAGAGACUGUCUCCUACUGGUGCUGAGGAAAGCUUUGUUCUCCAUUAAUGUGGAGGCUCGGAAGACGGCAGUCGAGGGCUACCUACUACUGCUCAGGAAGUUCACUGUGUUGGACUCUGUGGGUUCGCUCGAUGACAGUCAAAACUUCUCGGCCACAUCACAGGUGACCGUGGAGGUUCACGGGAAUGGUCACAACGGCAACGAGGCCCUAUGCCUGGAGAUCCUCGGCACUCUACGCAGGGCACUCACCAAACAAUACAAUGUCAAACUCAGUUUGUAUGAGGGUCUCUACUCUGUGUUCUGUGCUAACCGCAAGCUGGCAGGAUCUAUACUGGACCUCCUUCUCACCCAUUUCACACUGUUCUACGAGCAUGAGACGGACAUAACCCCACCCAUCAAACUGAAUCCCUGUGUCAAGAUGAGUGGUAGUGAUGUCACUGCAGCUGAGCCACUGGACCACCUGGUGUGCUGUCUGCAACUGUGCGUCUGCCACUACCUGGAGCGUGACGAAGAUGACGAGGAGCCCCCUGAAAUAAUUGGUGAGGUUCAGCGAACUUUGUCCUCUCUGGUGACGCGGAUGAUUGCCUCUGAGCUGGAUGACUUUGAGCUGAACAAAUCCUCUGACUUCUCCACCUCCAGUGUGGGGCAGAAGAACCGACUCUUUGCACAACUCGCCAUGGGCACCUAUGAGGCUUUACUUGAGUACACUUUCUCUACAGGACAAUUCAGUCUAGAAAGUUCAGAGCAGGUGCUCAAGCUCUACCAGUGUUACCAGCACUUGGCAGAUGCUCUCAGUGAUAAGGGCUCGUCGGCAGCAGCUGGCCCCAGUAGUAACAAACGAGGGACAUCAGCUGUUCCCUCGAGGCUGUCCCUACACUGUGUGGUUAGACUGCUCAGAGCCAUCUUUCACAACCAAACUCCCAAUCACCAACAAGCGCUGACAGUACUGAGAGAGUCACAACCUUUUAGCAAGUACAUUCUGGGAGUAGCUGUACAGAAAAUACAUCAGAUUCAUGAUACUGGAGUGUGUGAUGGAUCCUCCUUAGCCAAGCAUAAACCAGAUCAUGUCUUCAAGACUUGCUGCUCCCUGGCCAAACUGAUGUUCAAGCACAUUGAAGUAGGUGGAGCAAGGCCUUCUAAGAAGGAAAAGGGCAAGUCUGUGGCUCUAUACUGUCUCGAGGGAUUCUCCCAACUCCUGCACACGGCUAUAGUGCGAUGGGAGAGAGGGGGCGCGUUCCUGGCAGCUGUCAACCCCAGUCUGAAUCAAACCACCGGGGACAACGAGAAGACCCACUAUUUCAUCAGGCAUCUGCAGAGGGUGGUGGGUGGUGUGCUAGACGGCUCAACGAAGGAGUGGUCGCUGAAGGAGGCUCAGCUGAUGGUCGCUAGCAUAGAGCUACUGACAGGGACACUGGAGCUGGGAUCACAGGAAUUGGACCAAGUAUUUGAGUGGGCGUAUGCACAAUGCAGGGACCACAACGUUGACGACUCCCCACUGACCAAGGCUUUGAUCUCUCUCCUCCUUAUUGCCGCAGAGAGACACAAAUCCUGCGUCAAAACAAUCAGAAAACUGGCUCAAGACGUGCACUACCAUCUAGGAGAUAUUGAUGAGGAUAUCGAGUUGGAGGCCACUACUUGUUUCUCAAUAGUGAACCCACGUACAGCUGCCUCCAACAUCUUGGCUCUGUUGUACAGCCACAUGGAGCAAAUACUGGCUAGUACGGACUGGCUGGUAGAUAGGCUAAAGAUGGAGAUAUCGUCUAGUCCAACAGAGGAUGCCUUUGGGAGGCCAUGUAGUCAAGUGCCAACACAGUCUCGGGACACAUUCUCGUCAUUAUGUGACCGUCUUACCCACCUGGUGUUUGGAGGCAGUGACCUGGUCCAGUCCUCAGUGGCAGCUGGACCCUCUUCAGAGGGACUCCUCAAGAUGCUGGUUAAAUUUUUCUAUACUCUGAGCAACUUGGCUAAGUAUGUACUGGACGUUUACCAGUUCACCUCCAAUAUCCCCGCCUGGUUCAAGAAACUUGUGAACCUGGUCGGCACUCAACUGUCUCAACAGGUCUAUUUGUUCAUCACAUACAUUCAGAAAAUGCAGAUGCAAAGUGGUGCCAUGGUAGACGCUGGAGGAGGCAAGAAAGGCGGGAAGGGAAAGUCAAAAGUCAAUGGUACAGGAAAGGCCUCAAUUCGCAAGGAGAGUCGAACGUAUUCUAACCUCAUCUUCUCUAUGGAGCAGUUUGAAAAGCAUCUAAUUCAACUGGACAAGAAGGCAAAGGGUAAUCUGAUGGAACCGUUCAAGUACAGCAUGUCACGUGACUUCCGCAUCGAUUCUCAGGCGGUGGGUAGUAUUCUGGAGGAGGAUGAAGUGAGCAGUGACGAGGAUGAGGAAGAAGAGGAGUGUGGUCCAUCCUCUGCUAAACGACCAAAGAAAAACUGAUCAUUUUCAAGCUCGGACUGCUGGUUUAUCAACGUAUAUAUACAUCACAACCACAUUAUCCCCACUCAUAUUCAUAUCUUCUUAUACAGGCAUACAUGUAACUUCUUUCUACAAUUAAUGUUGUGUUUAAUUGUUAAAAUCCUCUUCUCGUGACCAACAGCUUUUGUUGUGUUUCCAUAAGCGUCGCCAACUUUUAACUUU